ACUGCCUUGGGCCAGCUCACUUGAGCCUGCUGGGCCGCCUGGCCAAACACGAGCCUCUCUCCUGUUGUGUCAGAUGCUGCUCUGGGGACCUGUGCCAGGAGUCUCUGCCAGGGCUUUAAAUAGCUGCCCCAUUGAUCUGGCUGUGAGCAGCAGCAGACACACUAGGUCAGCUGCCUUUCGGCGCUCAGGUUUCCCUGAGGACUGGAGUCAAGUGCCAGGGAAUCGUGUGGUCUUCCCUAUGACCUGGUGCUCCCCACACCUGUCUCCUAGGCCUGGGGAGUGGAGAGGGCUCCUGUCACUUCAUUUGUGGCGAAAGACAGGCCCCAAAACUUAAUAGAGAAAACUGCCUGGUGUUGUAGGGAGAGGGGUUUUGCCCUCAAAAGACGGUUGCUUACUUUCAGUAGACUGGGGAAUGACACUGGUAUCUUCCUUCAGGGUUCUUAUGGGGAUUAAAUGUGCCUAAAGUGCUCAGUGGAGCAUUGGGCUCACUCCAUUGAUGGCUGUCUUUGCUCGCAGUGUCUUCCUGCUGCUGCUCCUGCUGCCGCUUGUGCUGCUUCUACGCUUACAUUCUCUCUCUCUCUCCUCACUGUCUCUCCUCUCCCCUGCCCCACCCCCUUUUCUGACAAAGCCACCACCAUUUUGUAAGGAAUUGUAGCUUCUCUCUGAAGCUGCCGGGAAAGGGAAAAUCUUUUUAAAAUCAACGUCACACAAUCAACAGGGUCCCCUAGGUUCAGGCGGGGAGGUGAGAUUGAGUGAGAGGAACGGCUUUGCACAUGCAGGGAUGCUCCUCCCUUCUAACCCUUCCCAGCUAAGGAGAAGGUCACUUUCUCUUUAAAUGCAAAUUAACUCCCUCCAGCUUAGCUUCCACAGAGUGGUGUUCCCGGGAGGAGAGGGCGGAGGGCGGAGGGAACUUGCACUGAAGAAGCAUCACUCGAGACCCCAAACCUCCAGGUGUGAGACCCAGACGGCACCCAAUGGAUGACAAGAAGAAGAAACGGAGUCCCAAGCCCUGCCUGGCCCAGCCAGCCCAGGCCCCAGGCACACUACGCAGGGUCCCUGUGCCUACCAGCCACAGUGGCUCCUUGGCCCUAGGACUUCCUCAUCUGCCAUCCCCCAAGCAGCGGGCCAAGUUCAAGAGAGUAGGCAAGGAGAAGUGCCGCCCAGUGCUGGCCGGAGGUGGAGGCGGCUCUGCAGGCACGCCCCUGCAGCACUCCUUCCUGACCGAGGUGACUGAUGUCUAUGAGAUGGAGGGGGGACUCCUGAACCUGCUCAAUGAUUUUCACUCCGGCCGGCUGCAGGCCUUCGGGAAGGAAUGCUCCUUUGAGCAGCUGGAGCACGUUCGGGAGAUGCAGGAGAAGCUGGCUCGGCUGCACUUCAGCCUAGACGUGUGUGGGGAGGAAGAGGAUGAUGAAGAGGAAGAGGAUGGGGUCACUGAGGGGCUGCCGGAGGAGCAGAAGAAGACAAUGGCUGACCGUAACUUGGACCAACUGCUUAGCAAUGUGGGUUCAUGUCUGGGUACUUUGGUUCCUGGGGUACCAGGGAUGGAGAAGGUACAUGCUCCCUGGGUGAAAAGGUGGGAGUACAUGGAUCCAAGAGCUCUGGGCCCCUCAACUUCCCCAGAAGACAGCUCCCAGAGCACUGGGGAUUUGGCUUGGUGCCCCUCCUAACAGAAGCUUCCCUUUCUCUCUUUGUUGACAGCUGGAAGACCUGAGUAAUUCGAUGUAUCCUUUCCAAGGAACCCAACUGUGUAUAUGUUCCUGAGAGGUCAGUUUCCUCCUCCCCAGCACCCGCCAGAGUAUUCACACACAACCAACUUCCCCACCUCUUGCACUCUUGUCAGAUUUAGCCAGAUUGCCCAAACCCAGGUACAGGAAUUUAGAAUUUCCCAAAAAUUAGAAGAAAAGUGGUUGCGUAGACUCAAGGGAAUGACUCAAAAAAAAAAAAGAAAGAAAGAAAGAAAAGAAAAGUGGUUGCAAGGCCGGACAUGGCGGCUCACGCCUGUAAUCCCAGCACUUUGAGAGGGUGAGGCGGGUGGAACACGAGAUCAAGAGAUUGAGACCAUCCUGGCCAACAUGGUGAAACCCAGUCUCUACUAAAAAAAAAAAAUACAAAAAUUAGCUGGGUGUGGUGGUAAGCACCUGUAGUCCCAGCUGCUCGGGAGGCUGAGACAGGAGAAUCACUAGAGCCCAGGAGGCAGAGGUUGCAGUGAGCCAGGAUCGCGCCACUGUACUCCAGCCUGGCGACAGAGUGAGACUCUAGUUUCAAAAAAAAAAAAAAAAGUGGUUGCAGAUGUUUUACUACUGAUCAAAAUAUUUGCGAGUACUUUAGCUGACACCAGUCAUGGCAAAGCUUGCCCGAUGUCCCAUCCUUUCAGCAUGGAGCACUUAUUUGUACUAAUUUACACUACCACCUCACCUGGUCCUCAGUCAGAAACAGAGUGCACAUAUCCCAGUGUGUUUGAAGAGAGAGGGAGUGAGAGACGGCAGGCGGGGACUCCAACCUCAGUCCACAGCCCUUUGCACAGGUGAGGGAACUAAGCCCGUGCAGGAUGGGAGACGGGUGGGAGGACUGGUCCAAAGCGCCACGAUCCUUGACCGGCACAGCCAGAAGCUGCACCUGGCCGAGAACGCCGAGCCUGAGGAGCAGUCUGCUGCGUAGGUGUCCCACGCAGACCCACACUGGUCCUCGCAUUCUCUUCAAACUGUGACUUUUUACGGACUCGGGCUGGUGUUCCGCGGCCCUCCAGGUGCUAUGCGGGAGGAGGGCAAUGGAUGCAAUUAAACCAGAGAGAAAGAAA